CGCCCGCCGUGCAUCGCCACCGCGUCCCCCGGCAACGCUGAGCGUCCCGCGGGGUCCGGCCGCCGCCCCGCGGCACAGCCACCGCCACCUCCCGCGGCGCCCAGCCGCCGGCGGAGGGCCGCGCCGCGCCGUAUGGCAGCGAUGCCCCUCUGCGAGGUCGCCGUGCAGCCGUCCCCCACCAAGAGGCAGAAGGGCUCUGUGCCCGGGGACCCCUCCCCACGGCUUCGCUUCACUAAGCUGUCCGAAAACGCCUCCGCCCCCUCCAGGGGCUCUGCUCGGGCUGCGGGCUACGAUCUGUACAGUGCCUACGACUGUGUAAUACCACCCAUGGAAAAGGCUGUAGUGAAAACAGACAUUCAAAUUGCGCUUCCUUCUGGCUGCUAUGGCAGAAUAGCACCGCGUUCUGGUUUAGCUGCAAAGCACUUCAUAGAUGUUGGUGCUGGUGUUAUUGACGAGGAUUACAGGGGGAAUGUUGGUGUGGUACUCUUCAACUUUGGCAAGGAGACUUUUGAAGUUAAAAAAGGGGAUAGGAUUGCCCAGCUCAUCUGUGAACGCAUUUUCUAUCCUGAGCUAGAAGAAGUUCAAGCUCUAGAUGAUACAGCACGUGGUGAAGAUGGCUUUGGUUCUACUGGAAAGAACUGAGAAUUAUUUCUUGGGGGUUGUUUGUUAUGCUAUUUCUAAAUUUUCAAUUGAAUUAGAAGUGGGAUUUUGGAAUACAUUAAAAAAAAUUCAGGUUUAUUCAGA